AUGGCUUCUCUCGCAGCACUCAAUGCCACCAAAGCCGGCGACCUUGGGCGAGUCUCACAAAUCCUUUCUACUCACCCAUCUGCAGCAGCAACCAAGGACGCCAACGGAUUGAGCCUCCUCCACUGGGCAUCGACCGGGAAUGGAGGACAUGAUCUGGUCACGACACUGCUACAGUAUCCUGUGGUGAGGGCGUAUGUGUCUCUACCAUCUCGUGCUGGUGUUACUCCUCUUCAUCUCGCUGCCGCUUCAAAGCAUCCACACUCGCAUCUCAUCGUCGACGCACUCAUCGCUGCUGGCGCCGACGUCAAUGCCCGCAACUCGGACGGCCGUACCCCUCUCCAUGCAGCUGCAUUUGCAGGUGCGUCUCAUGUUGUUGCCCGGCUCAUUGCCGCUGGUGCUGAUGUGCGUGUCCGGGACGCUGAUGGUGCCUCUCCCAUGGACUGCGCCCUGCGCGGCGGCGUGAAGCAGAGAGAUGCUCUCGCUGCCGCGCUCGGUCGCGAGCUCACGGACGCCGAUACUAGUCGCCGGAACGUGCUUGGCGCUGAUGCUGGCUCGCCCGAGUUUCGCCUGUGGUCGGCUGCACAGGUUGGUGCCCUUGACGUCGUUCGCAGCCUCGUCGAGGUCGAGCAUGUCGAUUGCGGUGUGGCUGAUGCCGACGGCGUCACCGCCAUGCACUUUGCCGCCAGCGGCGGCCACGUCGAUGUCCUCGACUACUUGCUCGGCCAUCACGCUACUGUCAAUUGCGUCUCACAUGCCGGCGUUGUGCCGCUGCACCUCGCCGCCGCCGCCGGCCACCUGCCGGCAACUCGGCUGCUCCUCGAUGCAUCGGUCGGUAGCGCCGAGUACGCCAAGAACGCGCCUGAUAAUCUCGGCAGGACGCCGCUCCAUAUGGCGGCGUGGGAGGGCCAUUUCGACGUUGUUGCCGCCCUUCUCGAUGCUGACGUCCGCAUCGACAUUGCUACCCACCGCGGCAACUCGGUCCUCCACAUGGCGGCAGCGCCAUCGCCGACCAAGCCCAAGGCUGCCCUAGUCCAGCUCCUGCUCGAUGCCGGCCUCCUCGCAGACGUGCCGAAUCUUGCUGGCCAGACUCCAGCUGACCUUGCCGCGCUAGAGGCCGAGUCGAUCUCGCUCUUGCUGGCGCCCGAGUCGGGUGCAGUUCGACUCGGCUCGAGCGUAGGUACUUCGUCGGCGCUUGACGCUGCCCGGGCUGGCGAUACUCUCGCCUUCAAGACCUGCCUGGCGUCAGCGCCAACAGCCAACGACCGUACACUGGCGCUCGCCGCCGUCGAUGCCGCCGGCUUCACUGCGCUCCAUUGGGCGGCGUACUUUGGUCACACUGACAUCGUGACCGAGGCUCUUGCACACGGCGCGUCGACCGCCGCCCGCGCCCACGACGGCCGCACUGCGCUCAGCCUCGCUGCUGCCGAGGGCCGCACACAAGUGGUUGACCUUUUGCUGCAGGCCGGUGCCUCCGUGAGCGAUGCCGACAACGACGGCCGCACCCCGCUCCACGCUGCUACUGCUCAUCUACACGUUCCAUCCGUCGCCGCGCUAAUGGCGGCUGGUGCCAACCCGAGCACCACCGACCGGACUUUGGCCACUCCUCUGAGCUACUUGCACUCGCGCGUCUCGGCCAUGCUCAAACUCCUCGCGCCCAAACUCGAGGGCUCGGGCGCUGUUGCACUGCGAGCCGCAGUCGAUGCCGGCGAGCUCGCAACCUUUGUCGCCCUCCUCGAUGCGGGCGUCUCGCCCAAUGUUCGUGCGCCCGACGGCUCAGCGCCGAUCCACUGGGUUGUCACCGCCCGGAUGGCUGCCCCAUCGCUCACACACCGUGCCGCUGCCGCUGGCAUGCUUGAUGCGCUGCUAGCCCAGGACGGAGUCGCCGUCGACGCGCCCGACAACGCACGGUGGACCGCGCUGAUGUGGGCCGCCGGUGGAGGCCUCGACUCUUUCGUCCACUCCCUCCUCGCUGCUGGUGCCUUUCCUGACGCAGUCAACUCCGACGGGCGGACAGCUCUCCAUCUGGCGGUCUUUGAGUCGCAGACCCGGGCGGUCGCCGCUCUGCUUGACGCCGGCGCGUCACCAAACACCCGUGAUGCACUCGGCAACACGCCGGAUCAAUACGCCAAGCGCCCAGAUGUUCAAGCGCUGCUGAGCAGGUCCCAAGUCUCGUACACUGCCGCUGCUGCUGCCGCGGACGCUGCGCCCACCGACGAGAUCCACGCCGCUCUCCGGCGUGCCGCUGCUGAAGGACGCGCCGAUGUUGUCAAGCGUGCUCUUGACACCAACGGCCUCGGCGCUGAUCCCAACGCACCUGACGAAGAGGGCGUCACCGCCCUCCACUGGGCGGCCGAAAUGGGCCAUGCCAAUGUGGCUGCUCUCCUCCUCGCACAUCCUGCCAUUGCGCCCAACGCUACCACUGCACACGGCGCUACCCCACUGCACUGGGCAGUCGACGGUGGCGCCCGCGACGUGGUCCUGGCCCUUCUUGCCCAGCCAGCCAUCGAGGUCUCGCCGCGGCUGGCGUCGACCGGGGCCACCCCGCUCCACGCUGCCGUCCGCGCCGGCAUGGAGGCCAUCUCCACGGACCUCGUCCGUGCCGGUGCUGAUGUCGCCGCGCGUGAUAGCCAGGGCGACACUCCGUUACAUGCCGCUGUGGAGCUCGGGUCGGUGCCUCUCGUAAGACUGCUGCUCGAGGCCGGUGCGCCCGCAACUGCCGCCGGCCAUGGCGGGCUCACCCCUCUCCACCUCGCGGUCGGUCGCAACCGUGACGCCAUCGUAGCUAUGCUCCUCUCGGGCGGCCGUAUAUGCGAACGUGACAUCAACGCGUCUGACGAGACAGGCGCCACGCCGCUGCACUACGCACUUGUCGGCCUCCUCGCCGGUCGCAACAACGAGGACGAGAUCGAAGUCCUCCUCUCGCUUGGAGCUGAUGUCCACGCACGCUGUGACGCGCCGCCGGGCGUCGGCACAGCCCUUCACUUUGCCGCCCUUGACAAUCACGUCCCCAUCGCAUCGGCGCUCCUUGGCCUAGGCGCAGACGUCAACGCCCGCAACAUGCACGGUCUCACCCCGCUGCACUACGUCGCCGACAACGGCCACCUCGAAAUGGCCGCGGUGCUCCUCGCCUCCGGCGCAGACAUCCACGCCCCGUCCAACACGGGUGAGUCGCCUCUCGAGUGGGCCGCUGACAAUGCACACCUCCACGCACUACUCUCCAGUGGCUCGCCGCCCGUUCCUGCGUCGACCCUCUCUUCCAUGACCCCGGCAUCGUCGUCGUCGGCGGCCGCGUCGUCGUCAUCGUCGUCGUCGCCUUCCUCAUCCUCGCCGCCGCCGACCGCCUCAUCAUCAUCGCAUGGCUUUUCCCUCGCUGUCUCAUCAACCUCAUCCUGCACGCCUCUACGCCCACGACACCGUCGCUUGCGCCGCCGCCGCCGCGUCCGUCGCCGCAAGCCAGCCACCGUGCCGUCGUUCUCGUACGAAGACUAG